GUGGUUUUACUGCUAAUCACCAUGCUGGGGCUGGGCUGCACGGCGGAGGUGCGCGAGUUGCGCGAGCACGCGCGGCGGCCCGUGGGCGUGCUGCUGGCCGCGCUGUGUCAGUUCGUGGUCAUGCCGCUGCUGGCCUUCGCGCUCGCGCUCGCCUUCUCUCUGGAUGACGGAGCGGCCGUGGCGGUGCUGCUGUGCGGCUGCUGCCCGGGGGGCAACCUGUCCAACAUCAUGACCCUGCUGGUCAACGGAGAGAUGAACCUCAGUGUGAUCAUGACCAUCUCGUCCACGCUGCUCGCGCUGGUCUUCACGCCUUUCUGCCUGUGGCUCUACAGUCGCGCGUGGAUCAGCGCGCCCGCCGUGCAGCUGCUGCCUAUGGGCGCCAUCACGCUCACGCUCUGCAGCACGCUCGUGCCCAUCGCACUCGGGCUCGCGCUCCGCUACAGAUACCCGCGCGUCGCCGACAAAGUGCUUAAGGUGUCACUGUGGCUGCUGUUCGUCACACUUGUGAUGCUCUUCAUCAUGACUGGUGUCAUGCUGGGUCCUGAGUUACUGGCCACUAUCCCUCCAUCCGUCUACGUGGUGGCUGUGUUGAUGCCUCUGACCGGCUACGCAGCCGGCUACGGCCUGGCCGUGCUCUUCGCCCUGCCGCCCAAUAGCUGCCGCACUGUUUCCCUGGAGACGGGCUGCCAGAAUGUGCAGCUGUGCACGGCCAUCCUGAAGCUGGCCUUUCCACCUGAACUGAUGGGCGGCAUGUACAUGUUUCCGCUGCUCUACGCGCUCUUCCAGUCAGCCGAGGCUGGUGUUUUCAUCCUGGGCUACAGAGUGUACCGGAGGGAGGUGCUGCGCAAGCAGGACCUGGAUCAGGAGGGUGACGAUGACACUAACAUCACCUACAAGACACUGAAGGAGGAGGACGGGCCCUUUGACAUGGCAUAUGGCUCGGUGACAGUCAGCGACCCCAACACCAUCGCGCUGGAGUCUCGGGGAGGGCUGGGAAGCCCCACACCUGUAUAGAGAUAUUCAAGUUACAACUCACUAAUUUAGGGGGAAAACAUAAGCAAGAAUAAUUCAGCAGAAGUCCAAAGACUGACACUGUUCUCUGUAAAACGCCAUUCCAUCCAUUGCCUCAUAUGGAUCAAUGACUGUAUUGAUUCUGUAUUGGUAACGGCUGUGAGCCAGGGAUGGUAGAAAACAAGCGCAGAGUCUGUUUAUUGGGGAUUUCCCCAGAAAUUGGGGUUAUCGGUAAGUAUAGACAGUAUGGGUCAACACACGGGCAGACAGGGUUAACAUGGGCAAAUCCUGAGCAAUGUUUCAUUAUUUAACUGCAUGAAAACAGCAGUAAUACUUCUGUGGCAUAAUAAAAGAUAAAAUGUAACAAUAUAAUAAGGGUGGGGAUGGGUUGCUUUUUUUUUUCCAUCCAUUCCAUGGCUCCUCUAAACGUGUGAGCGCAGGCCUAAUCCACCAUAAGCAACUUCAACCCUUCAGAGACGGGUGGGAAGCUUCAUGCUUGUACAGCAGUAUCAAAGCUUGGAGCACAAGAACGGCACUCAGCUUGACAGACAUUCUGCAUCCAUUCAUGACCUCAUCACUCUUUGUUGAACUAUUAUAGCUAAAAACAUACGGUGGAUAGUGAACACAAAGUUUGAGACUUCUGAAGAGGACCGAAAAGUCAGCAGAAGCUGCCUGAUUCAGAAUUGGCUACAAUAUCACCUGAUGCUGAAUGUAGAUCAAUACUGCUAUGGGAAAAACAAAAUCAUCUGGAAGAGUUAAUGGAAAUACAUUACCCCCUUGUUUUUGGCUAAAUUAUAUGUACACUGAAAAGAUUAUUUUCCAUUAAAAGUGUGAGCCAAUAGGCUUGAGUCCAGAAAAUCAGCAUCAGUUAUGCAUUUUUACCUUACAUGAUCUGCAUAGCAAUCUCAAUGAUACUUUAUAGACUUUACAUUUGUCAUGUCUUUUGGAUAAACUCAAGCAAAUCGCUCAUCGUAACAAAGCUGAUCUAAUCAUCCACAGAACUACAAUGAAUGUUGGUUUACCCGGUGGACAAACACAUUCAAUAUCAACCUGUCCACAGUGCUACAGCUGGGAAUCCUUACGACCAGUGAGGUGCCUGAAAGAGUUGAGACUGUACAAGUCAGCUGCUGAUUUAAUCUCACAUGUUAAAUACACAGAUAGCAUAACUUAUAGAUAAUACUGACCUGUGGGUUGAAGCUGAAGUGGAGCCAGAUAUGUGCCGUGGACAGCAAUCAAAACAAAGCCAACUUCAUCUGGGAAAAGCUUGAAAACUGAGAUCGGUGCAAUCACAGAACAAGACAUGCUUCUCCAUUCAUCACUGAAAUGUAAAACAUGUUGAGAAAAAGCAUAUUAAAUCAGAUGUAUGUGGUAUGAAUAAACGUACAGUG